AUGGACGCGGGGGCGGCCCCGGGCCUGGAGGGGCCCCCCCAGCAAGAGCAGAUCUCUCACACAAAGCUUUCUGCGGAUGAUGAGUGGAACCUGCAGCAGGAGAGGAUGCACAGGCUGCACCAGGGACACGAGUCCAUGCACGUGGAGAUGAUCUUGGUCUUCCUCUGCGCCCUGGUCGUUGCCCAGGUAGUGCUGGUGCGGUGGAGACAGAGGCACGGCCGCUCCUACAACUUGGUGACCCUGUUGCAGAUGUGGGUUGUCCCUUUGUAUUUCACGAUAAAACUUUACUGGUGGCGAUUUCUGUCUAUGUGGGGAAUGUUCUCAGUUAUUACCAGCUACAUCCUCUUCAGAGCCACCCGAAAACCCCUCUCAGGGAGAACACCACGAUUGGUUUACAAAUGGUUUCUUCUAAUCUACAAGCUCAGCUAUGCAUUUGGUGUUGUGGGUUAUUUGGCUAUCAUAUUUACAAUGUGUGGAUUCAAUUUAUUUUUCAGAAUCAAAGCUAGAGAUUCCAUGGAUUUUGGCAUCGUGUCCUUGUUCUAUGGCCUCUACUAUGGAGUAAUGGGGAGAGACUUCGCAGAGAUCUGUUCGGACUACAUGGCUUCUACUCUAGGGUUCUACAGCGUCAGCGGGAUGCCCACCAGGAGUCUGUCGGACAACAUCUGCGCCGUGUGUGGGCAGAAGAUCAUUGUGGAACUCGACGAAGAAGGGCUCAUUGAAAACACCUACCAGCUUUCGUGCAAGCAUGUCUUUCAUGAAUUCUGCAUCCGAGGUUGGUGUAUUGUUGGUAAAAAGCAGACGUGCCCUUACUGCAAAGAGAAGGUCGAUUUGAAGAGGAUGAUCAAUAACCCCUGGGAGCGCACACACUUUUUAUAUGGACAGAUCCUGGACUGGCUUCGUUAUCUGGUGGCCUGGCAACCCGUGGUAAUAGGAAUCGUUCAAGGCAUUAACUAUUCACUAGGGCUGGAAUAG